AUGGCUACACUCGCUAUUGCCGUUUCUCUAUUGUCAACUCUCUCCUUCGUCUUCACCUCAUCAUCACCCGACGUCGUUUCAUCCGAUCUCAACAUCGGCUCGUAUUUAAAUCCAUGCAGUGUUGCAACACAUGGGCGAUCCAUUCUCCAUUCAAAAUCUGACCCUUUAAAAACUAGAUUUGAUCAGAUCAGAAAACAAGUAGAUGAUCACAGAUCACUUGCUCAAACAUACGCUGCAUAUGCUCGUAAACUAAAGUUCGAGAAAUCCAAACUUGUUAGGGUUUUUGCUGAACUUUCACGCAGUUAUACAGAUGUUUUAUCGAAACCAGCUUAUCGAGCACUCUCUGAUUCUGAUACUGAAUCAAUCGACAAAACAACGAUGCGAGAGCUCGAGAAGAAGGUGAAAGAGCGGAUUAAAGUGACCAGACAAGUGAUUGUUGAAGCGAAAGAGUCGUUUGACAACCAGCUUAAGAUUCAGAAGCUGAAAGAUACGAUAUUCGCGGUUAAUGAGCAACUAACAAAGGCGAAAAAGCAAGGCGCGUUUUCUAGCUUGAUUGCUGCAAAGUCGAUACCCAAGAGCUUGCAUUGUGUAGCAAUGAGACUGAUGGAAGAACGAAUUGCGCGUCCUGAGAGGUAUACUGAUGAAGGGAAGCCGCGGCCUGUGGAGUUUGAUGAUCCUAAGCUUUAUCAUUAUGCUAUAUUUUCUGAUAAUGUUGUUGCUGCAUCGGUUGUUGUUAAUUCGGCUGUUAAGAAUACUAAAGAGCCGUGGAAGCAUGUUUUUCACGUUGUAACGGAUAAGAUGAAUCUUGGAGCAAUGCAGGUUAUGUUUAAGAUGAAAGAGUAUAAUGGUGCACAUAUUGAGAUCAAACCUUAUGAGGAUUACACGUUCUUAAACUCGUCGUAUGUUCCAGUCUUGAAACAGCGCGAAUCUGCUAAGUUGCAGAACUUUUACAAUUUCCUAAACAUGGAGAAUGCCACAAAGGACACAACCAAUAUGAAGUUUAGAAACCCUAAGUAUCUUUCCAUAUUGAACCAUUUGAGAUUCUACUUACCCGAAAUGUACCCCACCCUGCAAAGGAUUUUGUUCUUGGAUGAUGAUAUUAUCGUUCAAAAGGAUUUGACCGGGCUUUGGAAGGUAGAUAUGGAUGGGAAAGUAAAUGGGGCUGUUGAGACAUGCUUCGGAUCGUUUCAUAGGUACUCACAGUACAUGAAUUUCUCUCAUCCUUUGAUCAAAGAGAAAUUCGAUCCCAAUGCGUGUGCUUGGGCUUAUGGGAUGAACUUUUUUGAUUUAGAUGCUUGGAGGAGAGAAAAAUGCACAGAGGAGUACCAUUACUGGCAAAAUCUGAAUGAAAACCGGACAUUGUGGAAACUGGGAACGCUGCCUCCAGGUUUGAUCACAUUUUAUUCGACAACUAAACCAUUAGAGAAGUCGUGGCAUGUUUUGGGACUCGGGUAUAAUCCAAGUAUAAGUAUGGAAGAAAUCCGUGAUGCUGCAGUUGUGCAUUUCAAUGGGAAUAUGAAACCAUGGCUCGAUAUUGGUAUGAACCAGUUUCGACCACUUUGGACAAAAUAUGUGGAUUAUGAUAUGGAAUUUGUCCAAGCCUGCAAUUUUGGUCAAUAA